CUGGGAACACAGCAUGUUGGCCCACAUACGUCCAUCGAGGACCAAGUGACCUCUAGUGGCCGGGCAGUCUUAGUUCGUAGCGAGAAGACGGCUCCGUUGGAUGGGCAAAUUCCGGGCAGAGGAGAGAAAGGAAGAACCGGAGACGGUGAGAAUCGAGAACAAUAUAGUAGAGCAAAUCAGGCGCUUCGCGACGCGCAUCAAGAUGCAAAAGUCAUCACACAGGACAGGAGAGGUACAACCUAUUUGCAUCACGAUGAAGCAGAGCAAGAGCUGCAGGUAAAAGAUAAGGGUAUAUUCGAGCGGGGGACUUCAUAUGAGGAUCAAGAAUGGGAGCAAACACAUUCGCACGCUGACAGAGUCGCAGAAACAGAGGUCGUCGUUAGAGGCGCUUUCGUUGAGCCCAAGAAGCCACGGGGAUGGUCAGCUAGCUCACCAGUUAGAGAACCAGCGGCCGUGCCGCGGCUCUUGCGCUCCCUACCUUCGUCUUAUACUGGAGGAACACAACAGAGCAGCAUUGUCGAGCAGCUGGGAGCGAGGAGGACAAGUGAAUCUGUCGCAACAUCAUCAAGGUCCGCGACGCCAACCGUAGAUGCGCCCUCAAUGCUGCUGAUCCUGAUGUCAGGCGUCGGCGUCUCUCUAGUUGGCGGAAUGGGCUUCCAUGUGGGGUACUCGAAAGGACACACAGAUGGACAGCGAGAGGAACGGGAGCUCCAAUGGACAGAGGCAGGGAGCACAGGAAAGAUGUUGGAGGAAGAGGAAGAAGAUUUAUGGCUGAAAAGCUAGUUCACCGGGAACCUCCGUGUUUCAUCUUCAACUUCUCUACUCAAAGUAAGAAUGUUCGACAGAUUUUUUAUUGGCAUCGUACAAACAUUUUUGUUGUUGAUUGAUGUCUUUUACAACAGUUGACAGGGACAGAUUACUAGCGACGCUGUCAUGAUGAAAGUUGACAGAUGUCGCUUCCUUAGUAACCAUCAAUGUAGGAGUAUCUGCGUUCAUUUCUUGAGGAGUCGCGAGAGCUUGGUGAGACGGGGCACUCUACUGGCGGCACGGGAAGUCCCAGCAGUUCGAUUUAUGUUGUAAAAUCUAAAAUCACGACUCUCGAAAUGUACUACGAGAUAGUGAAAGAAUUGAACUCUAAGGAUUAGUUUUGAAGGAGAUAUUUCGACUUCUCACAUCACGCGUUCAAGAACAAAACGAUUUGAUGAAUAGAAUAAAUAGUUUUUGUGCUACCUAAUGGUGUUCUGUGCUCUAUGGAUGUAGUUCUACUUUCAUACCAACCGGAAGCGGGAUGCGGGAGGAAAGCCGUUGUAUCGGGGUUCACUCAGUCCAGGAAUGCGAGGAAAAAUGCCGGGUGGUGGUGGCUCGCGUCCUUCAGGAGAUGCGGACUCCGAUGAUUCUGAUGAAGCGGGGGUAGUCGGAGGAGCGCCCACAGCGGGGCGCGGUGGCGGCUUACGAUUGAGCCUUCGUGCGCCACGAAAACCACAACCGGAGGCUGAGAGCACCAAACCACUUACGAAUAACUGCGCUUUUACCUUCAGUAUACCAUAAGUACGUAGCUGCCAAC